AUGACACCAACUACGCAGCUGGCUGCGCCCGCGGGAGUAGGACCAUCUGCUACAAAUUUUUGUCCGCAGGACGAAUCGUUUACUGACUCGGGUGGAAGACACCUAGAUCGGCAAAGUUCAGCGCUUGACGCUCGACGAAACGUCGACCCGACGAGCAGCACUGAGGAUCUGCUGCAGACUCGUGGCCCAUGCGAGGACCACAUGAUCAACAAGCAGGCCGCACUCGAGGACUACGCGAGAAAGGAUGCAUUGCAGGAAGAACAGGACGAGGUUUUUUUCUGGAAACAGAUCAUCAAGGGCCGACUCGAGUCGGCGGUGCGGAAAAACCACCGGAAAUUUCUGGAGUUCCAAGACCGCGUGUUGCAGCAGGCGGCCGAGAUCGAGGGCAAGAACGCCAACGCGCACGCAGCGGCUCAGAACAGUGGACAAGCAAAAAACGAUCGCGGCAUGGGUCCACCUCAGGCCCCGACGCCCGCGGCUCCUACCUCCACUACGACCAGCAGCGGCUCCAAUUGGCUGAACAAGAUGCAGCGGGCCAGGAGGGCCGCGGUUCCGCUGCGGCCGCCGACCUAUUUGGACGAGAGCGAUUUGGAAAUCCCGUUGCGGUUUUCUCGCUUAGCGAAGGCCAGCUCCUUCGCGCCGGAAUGGAAAAGCGGCUUGGCGAGUGGCGUGUACGACCGAGUGGAGGGUGCGGUGGAUAACGAUCAUGAAAGCGAUCGGACCUCCGAGCGUGUAGAAGUACAACAGAACAUGCCAGAUAUUCGAGAAGUGGACCCGGACUCGACGAGCAUUGGUGAGCCAACUAGACCCGUCACGACGCCCCCUCCGCUUCAUCAACAUUCCGAAGCCGCGAAACCUCCGGAAUUCCUUCACCUCCCAGCCAAUGCGAAAUUUCAGCUCCGCCACCCCAUUUCGACGACGGAGCCGGGCAACUUGGUGCCGGAAGUUUCGCAGGAAUUUUUGGACUUCGCGGCAAUUGUGCCGGACGCUUUUGCAGGGUCUUCAUGUUGUGGUGUUGCUGGCGGUGGUGCCGACUUGAACCUGUUGCAGGGCGGCGGCUGCACCACAGGAGCAAAUAGGCCCGCGACGUCUGUUUCCUCCCGCCGGCAGUCGGGCUUGGUGAGACCACACCAGGCCGGGUCCGCGGACCAUCUGCAAGCGUCCGCUGGGUCCUGCAUAUCCACUUCAUCUUCGCACCGCACAACCGCGUCAGGGCGGUCCCGCAGGCUCAGCAUUGGCGGUAAUGCCGUGAAUCAGGCCUCGAGCCGUGACCGUGGGCGGCCUAGGCCCUCCGCACUGCUGCUGGAGGAGGAUCGGGAAGAAGCUAUCAAAUGUAAAAAUGUCUGGGUCUGGAAGAAUGCGCGAUUUGUCAUGCAGGUUCUCCAUGACCCAUGAGGUCUGGCAUGAAGGACAUAGCAUGACAGACUCUGUGAGAGUUCUAUCAUGCCUAUCGUGCAUGAGAAACUGCCUCUCGAUUAGGUCAAAAGUGGACAGCUUUUGGUAAUCAUGCAACACACAUGAUUCUUACAUGAUUCCGAUUUAGCAUGACAAGUUGCAUUGUUCCAGACCCAGACAUUUUUACAUUUGAUAUAAGCUAGGAGAGAGCAACUUUCGACGUUUGGUUCCUCCGGCGAAGCGGCUAUGAAUCUUGUCGAAGAUGCAACUACAUCGGCAGGCGACGGAAAUAGAAUUGCGAGCACCUCUGAACCACAGCGAGGAGCUCGAGCUGCUGGAGACGCGAGGGGGGCGACAAGAAAGCUACAAGAUCAAACACCAUCUGCAGGUGGUGCCCUGACAAACACCUGCCCACGACCAAACGUGCCUUUUUUCAAAGACGGCGCGACUCCUGCGGACGACACGACUCAAGUAGAACAACGCACUUCUUCCGCCCUCUCGCCCUUCCGCACAACCGCGGAGUUUUUCUUUUGGCGGCCUGAGAAGAGCAAAGCAAACGUUCUGCUCGAAGUGCAGCGCAGUGUCGAGGAGAUACUGGUAAAGGAAGGGUAUACACUGCCGCCGAAAGUAGGCCUUCUCGGAAAUGGAACGGGCACGAACAAGGAACAGUCGGACCUUCGCAACUGUUCUGAAGGCGACGUGACGGAUUUCUCAUUGUCCGUGCCUAAUUUUCAAAAGCAACAACAUCUGCAGAUGACCCUGGAAGACUUGGACGAGGCCUGUACGCUCUCUCCACCCACAAACAGCUCCUCGGAGCAACACGCAAGAAAGAAUCGCAAUUUUCAUCUUGCAGGCCCACCAGCAGUCGGUAGCUCAAGAAUGGAUUCACAAGAACCUUCUCCCGAGGAGGUGAAAAAUGCAACCUUCCGCACCUCGGUGCACCACCGCCGACAGCAGGGGGACGACCACAUCCCCACGAGUGGCGUGGAAGAUGAAAUCGAUUUGCGCAACGCGGCACUGAAACGUUUUCAGGAAGACCAGGUUUCUCUCCGAUUGGCGGAGAGAAAGCGGAUGGAGCGCCUGGCCGCGGGGGCGAGUUCUUCCGGGUCUUCUGAAGGAACAAGGAGGGCUGGAGUUUCUACUACAGUUGACGAGACCUCCUCCGCAACACAAACAAGAAACCAGCAACUACCCAUGACGUGGCUUGUGUACGUGAUCCCCUGGCGCUGGGGCCAGAAGGGGAACGUACUACACAAGUACUGGUGGCCCGAGGAAACAGGGAUCCUGAUGGUGCCUGUAGUGACAUCAACCUUGCUGGGCGAUAGGAGGUCAUCGUCGCCCGCUGUGUCUUCUCAACAUGUUGGGACGGCGGCGGUUCCUAGUAUCCGACGGCGCGCGGUUUUUUUCGUUCGCAAUAAAUCUUCAGGGGUAGCUCUGUCUCCACCAAACUCCGGAACUUCUGCAACGGACGAGAUGCAAAAUAACCGACAAGGAGCAGGAAUAAUGACGUCAAGUAACAAGCUGUCCACCGCGUUUACCAUCACCAAUUUUUUCGAACUCAAGCGGCGCAUGAUGGACGCCGACUUGCGGCUCGAGGCGGUGCUCUACCGCCAGAAACUGCUCACUGCUUGCCAGCAGCAAUUGACGAAGGAUCUGCAGGUUCGCAGGUCGACCAUUCGGGACUUGCAGGUGCGCCGGCGCACUUUGCGGCCGGAGCUGGCCUCGUGGGCAAAGCCGCCACCCCACUCGCCCGGGGGAACAACCGGAAGUAUGGGCGGGGGAGGAGGAGGAGGUGGUGCUGGUACUAGUGGACGAGACGAGAGUAGAGGACUUCUAGGACAACUUCCAACGCCCGGAGCUGCUGGCUCUUCUGCUGAUGUUCCGGCUUCCCUAGAAGUAAGUCAUGACGACCAGCAUCCAGGUGGAGAUCCAGCAUCAGCAGGCACGGGGGCUGAGGCGGAGCAGCUAGCGAAGUCCAUCGCGGAGCAAACGCGGCUGCUCCGGGAAGGCGAGCGGCAGCGGGAAAUGAUCGCGCAAGACCUCUUGGACGUGAAGUUUGCGGCGAAUCUGGCGAAGCACGAGAACACCGAUUUGCAGCAGGAGCUGAUGCGGAAGCAAAUUGUGCAGUUGCGGGAGGAGCACGAGCAGCGGCUGGCGGAGGAGCAGAAAAAGUUCUACGACCUGCUCCUCUUCUAUCCACAGAAAAAAACCCAUCCACAUCCAUUUUUUGCAUGACAAAUUGGAUGUGGAUGGGUUUUUUUCUGUGGAUAUCUUCGGCUUGGUUUGCAUGUUUUGCUGUCUCAUCAUCGCUUUUGGCUUGGCGGUCUGCUUUACACGGCUCUGUGCGAAGAAACGGAAAAGUAUCAAAACAAAAAUAAGAAGCUAGCUGCUUCUAGUUCUACCCUUGAACGUCGUGCGCCCGACUUCAAAUACGUUUACAGGAGCACGUUCAUCGAUUUAUUCGAUGUACUGAGAUAGAAUUUGAGUCAUGCAGGUGUGAUCUUCUUGUUGUUGUGCACACGGGGACAGGAUGGACAUGGAGGCUACUAUUCUUUUGUUUGAUAAGAAAUUCGAUAGUUCAUAGACGGUCGACGCUCGCGAGCAGGGGUGGAAGGACGAGCACGAGCAGCUCGUCGUCCGGAGUGGCGCGGGUGUCGGAUUCUAGCUCAGAAGAAGACGAAUGACAGUGAGAACUAAUAGUGGACGAAGAACAGAGAGAGACUCACAAACAAAAUUGAAAUUCUGUUUCAACAUAAAUCUUCGGUGUAGCUCCAGCUGCGGUGGUCUAAACGCAGAAGUAAAAAGAAAAAUACCCUACGUAAGAAGAUAAUGUUAUUUCCCCACUUGAUUGAUAUUCUUUAUCUUUUUCUUAUCCUUGAGAACACAAGUCAUCAGCCUACUCGUGUAGGCAUAAGUCAAUGUUAUCGCACAGUGUUGAGAAACGCAGCCUGUUCUGAUUGACGCCCCGUUUUGAAGUUUCGUCUUGUUUUGGAAAAAUGAAAAGGCUCUGCCGGCUUCCGCGUCUGCCGUUGAAAAUGAAAACAAAUGGAAAACCAAACCAGAGCAGAAGUUGUUAUUCAAAAGCUCAUAAAGUAAAGAAAAAGUAGCUCCUUGUCCCCAACGAU